AUGGAGUGUGAACUUUCUGCUCUUUACAGAAUUCGCCACGCUAGCUGUUCGUUUAUCGUCGGAGCAGAGCACGGGGCGGCAGGUACUCCCGAACAGCACUCGCCUGCGGCGGCGGCAUCACCCGGCUCUAGCGAGCAGCUCCCGUCGCCGUCCUCCACCGACUCCGCCAGCACGCCGCGGAGGCGGUACCGCGGCGUGCGGCAGCGGCCGUGGGGGAAGUGGGCGGCGGAGAUCCGGGACCUGCACAAGGCGGCGCGCGUGUGGCUGGGCACCUUCGACACCGCGGAGGCCGCGGCGCGGGCCUACGACGAGGCCGCGCUGAGGUUCCGCGGCAGCUGCGCCAAGCUCAACUUCCCGGAGUCCGCCACGCUCGCCGUGGCGCAGCCGCCGAUUACUCCUCCGCAUGCGCCUGCCCCUCCGCCGCAGAGGCCCGAGGCUCUGCUGGAGUCGCAGGCGCUGGCGAUGGCCGCCGGCGGCGGGGAGGAGUACGCGGAGUGCGCCCGGUUCCUGCAGGGCACGGUCGAGCCAACGCGCCUCUACGACCAGGCGGCUGCGGCGGCGGCGCGCGCUGUCCGGCACCCCGCGGUGAGCGCGGCGUCCGGAACGGCGUCUUCGUCGUCCCGGUGCUCUUCAGCUUCGGCCGAGGAGGUGACAGCAGCGGCUCCACGGGACAUCACCGUCUGUGGUGGCCGCAGGGAAGCAGCUCCGCGUAUUCUUCCUGGCGUCCGCAACUUUGGCAGAUCCGCUGUUCUUAUCCCCUUCCUCAGCGGGUCUGCCGCCGCCCGAGCCCCAUGGGCUAGUGCCCCUCCGCCCUGCGCCACCGCAAUCCCAGGCCUGCCUCCAAGCUCCGAGCCAGUGAUUUGA